AUGGAGGAGGACAAUCUCCCCUUCUUUCUGCAUCUUCCUGCAUCUCCUCAGAAAAUGUCUCUGAAGCUCAAGGACAUUUUUUCCUGGUGGCACAGUUCAGUACCGAAAAACUACCAGCAUGUCCUCUCUUUGAUAUUUGCUAUAAAGGAGAUUAAGGAGAACCCCAAGAUCUUACCAAAUGUCAGCCUGGGCUUCCAAAUUUAUGACAGUUACAUAAAUGCAAGGAUAACUCAUCAAAACACUUUGAAGCUGCUUUCCAGUUGGGGAAGGAUUGUCCCUAACUUCAAAUGUGACAAGGAAAAGAAUCUGAUUGCCGUCAUUGGAGGACGUACCUCUGAAAUCUCACUUUAUGCUGCUACUAUCUUGGGCAUAUACAAGAUUCCACAGAUUGCUUAUUGCAUCUUCAUUCCAGUGGUGAAUGCUAAAGUCCAGCUUCCUUCAUUUUACAGAAUGGUCCCCAAUGAAGAACAUCAGUACAUAGGGAUUGUCCAGCUACUUCUGCAUUUCCAUUGGACAUGGAUUGGGAUCAUAAUAUCAGAUGAUGAAAAUGGAGAUAUGUUUGCACAGACAUUGAUGCCGUUGCUUUCCCAGAAUAGAAUCUGUACAGCUAUCACAGAAAAAAUACCAGCCAUAUUCCAAGCUGUGGAAAUGCUGAGGUCAUUAGAACCUCUUGGUGGCAAGGCUAAUUCAUUAACCAGUUCCAGAGCUCAAGUAUAUGUUCUAAAUGCUAGACCUCAGACUGUGGCAUGUUUGAUAUGGUUGAUCUAUCUCUUUGAGAUAUUAGAAGGUGUUAGGAAGCUUUCUAUAGGUAAAGUGUGGAUCAUGACGGCACAUUGGGAUUUCUCAAUCCAAACAAUGCACAGGGCUUUUGAUAUACAAGCCUUUGAUGGUGCCCUGUCUUUUGCAAUUCACACCAGUGAAGUGCUGGGCUUUCCACAAUUCCUUCAAAGCCUACAUCCUAGACUACAACAAGGAGAUGACUUUUUCAGGGCCUUCUGGGAAAAGGCAUUCAGCUGCUCAUUUUCUGAUUCUAAUGAAGACAUGGAGAGUACUGAUACUUGUACUGGCCAAGAGAGACUGGAGAGUCUUUCUGGGACACUAUUUGAAAUGAGCAUGACUGGCCAGAGUUACAGCAUCUACAACGCAGUUCAUACCAUAGCUCAAACUUUACAUAAGAUAUACACAUCCAAGCCAAGGCUUAGAAAGUUGGUUGAGAGAGGUAGUGUGGACCGUCCUAAUCUGCAACCUUGGCAGCUCCAUCUUUUCCUGAAGAGCAUCUCAUUUAACAACAGUGCCGGGGACACGGUUUCUUUUGACAAGAAUGGUGAAUUAGCAGCUGGGUUUGAUAUUAUCAACUGGGUUACUUUUCCAAACCAAUCCUUCUCAAGAGUCAUAGUAGGAAGAAUGCAUCCCGAGGAACCACAGGCUCCGGAGUUCAGCAUUAAUGAGGAAGCCAUCACCUGGCACAACUGGUUUAAUCAGGUGCUGCCCCGGGCUGUAUGUAAUGACCACUGUCAUCCAGGGUACAGCAGAAAAAAGAAGGCAAGGGAGCAAUUUUGUUGCUACGAUUGUGCUCCAUGUCCCGAUGCGAAGAUUUCAGAUCAGAACGAUAUGAAUGAUUGUUUCCAAUGCUUUGAAGAUCAGUUUCCAAACAAGGACAAAGAUCAAUGUCUUCCCAAGGGCUUGAAUUUCCUUUCCUUCACAGAACCUUUGGGCAUCACUUUAGUUGUCUUAGCUCUUUCCUUUUCUGUAAUCACAGCUUUAGUGCUAGGAAUUUUCAUGAAAAACCAAAACACUCCCAUCAUCAAAGCAAACAAUCGGGACCUCACCUACUCUCUGCUCAUCUCUCUGUUGCUCUGCUUCUUUUGCUCAUUGCUAUUCAUUGGCCAGCCUCAAACACUAACCUGCUACUUACGACAAACUGCUUUUGGCAUCAUUUUCUCAGUAGCGGUUUCGCGUGUGCUGGCUAAAACCAUCACUGUGGUUCUUGCUUUCAUGGCCACCAAACCAGGAUCCAAGAUGAGGAAAUGGGUGGGGAAAAGACUGGCAACUUCUAUAAUUCUAGGUUGUUCCCUCAUUCAGGCCAGCAUUUGUGCUAUAUGGCUAUCCACUGCUCCUCCAUUCCCAAAUGUUGACACACACUCUCUGGCUGAAGAAAUCAUACUGGAAUGCAAUGAAGGCUCAGUCCCUAUGUUCUAUUGUGUCCUGGGCUAUCUGGGAUUUUUGGCUAUUGUCAGCUUCACUGUGGCUUUCCUAGCCAGGAAGUUGCCAGACACUUUCAAUGAAGCCAGGUUCAUCACAUUCAGCAUGACGGUGUUUUGCAGUGUUUGGUUGUCCUUUGUUCCAUCAUACCUGAGCACAAAAGGCAAAUUCAUGGUGGCUGUUGAAAUCUUCUGCAUCUUGGCCUCUAAUGCUGGUUUACUAUUUUGUAUUUUUUCCCCCAAAUGCUACAUAAUUAUCCUAAGGCCUCAGCUGAACACCAAGGAUCUACUAAUUAGGAAAAAUUAG